AGUUGAAAAUUAUUGGAACCGUUAUCUUAAGAUGGUUUAACGGACCGCUUUAUUACUUAUGUGCUUCUAACCAAGGAACAAAGUUGUAUACAAGUAUUAAAAAAAAAAAAAAUGAAUAAAUCAUUUUUGUUACUAUUGCUUCUGACAUGGUUUUAUAGUGAAACGUGCGCUUCUAAAUUGCUGUCAAGAAGAAAACGAUAUGUAGCCUUCCCUGAAGGUUCCAGUUUCUCUUGUGCCGGUUGUAUGACAGUUGGUGUGAUUGGCCAGCCAGCACCAAGCUCAGCACCUGGUACCUUCACAUGGGGCAUGAAUUGGGGCAUAGCAUAUGAGCUGCCCAACGCUACAGAAACCAGCAAGUUCUAUAGAAGAUACAAUCGGCUAUCCAAACCCAUGGCACAGAGGAGAAGUAGAAGAGAGCUGUAUCAAAAGUUGGAGAAGAUUAUGGAAAAUAUGGGUUAUAAUGGAAGACAAUGCAUUCUGAAGACCUUGUGUGAAACGACUCAGAGGCUCGUCCCUCAUGGAGAGAACAUGGUUGAAGAAAUGUUCAGGACAUUGUUCACUUUACCGAUGACUAAGGUACUGGCGUCAGAGCCAAUGGAGCAAGCAGCUUAUGACGCAGCCCACAGACUAGGCAGCAUACUCUCCAGUUGCGAUAACUUCUCCUGUCCAAUAUCCCUAGUAGACUUGGUCAAAGGAUACUAUAAUGCCCCAUCCCCCAAAGUGGACACAGCUUUAAAUCCCUGGGCCUUAUUCAGCAGUCAUUUUGGGUAG